GUCAAAGACUCGAAUGACGUUUCCGAACACAGCCUUGGUUGGAACGUAGCUUUGCGCGUUUCUAGUUUAUAAACGAAAAUUGAAGAUCAGGUUAGCAAACCUGUAACGAAGAAGGGCGAAAAACAGAGUUUCUAAUUUGCUUGGUUUGCUGUGUAAUGUGAGAAUGGGUCGAAGUCGAACACCAUCGCCAGGAAGGCGAAGAGACCGGUCACGGGAACGAGAACGCGAUAGAGAUCGACGAAGAAGACGAUCGCGAGAGAGAAGACGAAGAUCAGUAGAACGAGACAGAGUGAAGUCAAGGGACAGAGAACGAGAACGUGAACGAGACAGGCAUAGGAGAUCAUACACCAGAUCCAGGUCCAGAGAACGAGAUAGAUCAAAACAUAAACCAAAACCAACAAAUGAGCGACCAGUAAUUACAGAAGCAGAUCUUCAAGGUAAAACACCAGAAGAGCAAGAGAUGAUGAGAAUAAUGGGAUUUUGUGAUUUUGAUACUACUAAAGGAAAGAAAGUGGAAGGCAACGAUGUAGGCGCAGUUCAUGUCAUCUUGAAAAGGAAAUAUAGGCAAUAUAUGAAUAGAAAGGGUGGAUUCAAUAGGCCUUUGGAUUUUGUCGCAUAAUUCAUAGUGCAUCUUUAAAAUUACAGUUGUUUUAUUUUGUAAGAUAACAUGGAUAAUUUAUAUUUAGAAGAUAUAAUAAAACAAUUACUAAUAUUAUUAAUAUGUAAUGAUCGAAGUGUGAUUGACAAACACGUCAUUGUAAGAAUAGUAUGUUUAUAUAUAAUAAAAUGCAAAUUUUUAUAUAUAA